AUGAGAGGAAUGGGUUUCAUUUGGACAACCGGUAAUAACGGAUCGUAUUUAAAUUCGUGGGAUUCAUCUUAUGAUAGCUUAUACGAUGAAAUGCCAUUUUGGAUUGAUCCAACAUUUCAUCCUUAUUUGAAUACAACUGAAAUACAUUGUCAUCGAUUUGUCAUCUGGACACAUACCAAUGAUAACUAUGCACGUGCGAUACCUUGCGAAUAUCCAACAAAUGUUAAUUUGGUACUUUGCGAAUAUGAUUGUAAAAUCAAAUAUAAAUAA